AUGAGUGUGAAAAAUAGGAAAACUAAUUCUAAUUUUAAGAACGCUAGUGCUUUUAAUAAUACCUUAGCAUCCAACAAUCCUUUUAUGAUGACUAUAAAAAAGGACAGGUCAAUCUCUCAAAGGAAGAGUAUGGGAAAGCUUCCACCAGAAGUGUAUAAGUUUGGAAAAGUUAUGAAUAAUAACUAUAAAGCUGGAGUCAGCAAAGAUUUCCCUUUCCAUACACCUUACACAGAGUUUAAUAACCUUACCAAGCAAAUAUUUGAUCUGGACAAACCUGAGUAUAUUUCUAGGAUAAAUAUGAAGAAAAACUCUAAUAAUAAAACAAUGCUUCCUAAAGCAAGGAGGUCUGUGGGAAAGAUUCCCAAAGGUAAUAUUUCUCAAGAAGAGGCUAUUUUUCCAAGAAAGAGUUGAAUGUUUAACAGGAAGGAAUCUUAUGAUGCUAUCAAGAUAAGGAGGGAAAAUAACAAGAAGAUUUUUAAUAUGCAACUAAAACAGGGUAUGCCAAAGGAACUUCAGCAAAAGAUAUCUUUCAUGACAAGAGUUGGAUCUGUUAAGAUGAACAAAGUGUUCAAAACUCUCUCACCAGAUGCUAGAAGGGAACUGAGAAAGGAAUCUAAAUAUUUACCGUUCUCACAGUACUAUGGAGAUGCUGAGUUCAUGACAAAGAUGAUGCAAAGGUAUGGAACCAAAUCUGCCAUUAGUGAUUACUAUGACACUUUUAAUCAGAAAAAUAAUCCAAUAAAGGCUCCAAGAUCUAUUAGUGUUGAGAAAAUAACUUCUGAGAGUAAAAAGCCACCUACUCCUACUUCAAUUUGAAGAAUGUCCUCAACAAUAGAUAACAGAAAGAUAACUUCGAUUGAAAUAGAUUCUUUAAGAGAAGACAUGAAUAAUUCAUUGAAGCUAAAAUCAAACCCUGCAAAGAAAGCAGUAGUUAAUAAAUAAAAUGAAGGAUAUUAGGCAGAAGAUUGAAGACUCUUUCAAGACAACCAAGAUGUCUUCCUCAACUGCAGAUACAAAAUAUUCUUCAGUGUUCUCAAAACUGAAGAAGGAGAACAACAAGAGAGUUCCCUUGGACACUAUUUUUAGUGAUUCUCGAAAGGGGAAAUCAACGAAGAGAUCUCAGCAUGACUUCACCUGCGAUCUGGAAAAGAAGAGAUCAAAGGCAAUUUAUUCCAAUCGUUCUCUCCUUAACAACAUUGAAAAAGGAGUGUUUGAUUUUUAUUGGAACAUGAAAUCUAUCAGACAAGGCAGUGCUGCCAAGGUCCAGCAGUGGAUGGAAAAACAGCGUGUAAAGAUGUCUGGCAAAAGCACAAGACUAUAAUUUAGUCAUCUUAUU